UGGUAAACCAUCAUAUACACAAUGGUGAAACAUAAGGUGCUCAUGUUAAUGGUGCACUCUUUCUUCUUGUGCUUCAUUCACACAUUACCUAUACAUGGCACUUUCACUAUUACUCCAAAUCAAUCUAUCCAGGGUAAUGAGACCACCCUUGUUUCUGCAGCUGGAAAUUUUGAAGCUGGAUUCUUCAACUUGGGAAAUUCACAACUUCAAUACUUUGGUAUAUGGUAUAAGACCAUAACACCAAGGACUAUUGUUUGGAUCGCCAAUAGAGAUACCCCACUUCAAAAGUCAACACCAAUUCUCAAACUUACAGAUGAAGGAAAUCCUGUUAUUCUUGAUGGCUCUAGGGGCAUUGUGUGGUCCUCCAAAGCAUCAAGAACUGCAGAGAAGCCAGUUAUGCAGCUUUUGGAUUCAGGGAACCUUGUUGUGAAAGGUGGAGACAGUGAAGAGAAUCUUUUGUGGGAAAGUUUUGAUUAUCCUGGUGACACUUUCCUUGCAGGAAUGAAACUCAAAACAAGUUUAGUUACUGGUCCUUAUAGGUCUCUCACUUCUUGGAAAAACACAGAAGAUCCUUCUGUUGGUGAGUUUUCAUAUCAUGUAGAUGCUCAUGGUUUUCCUCAACUAGUUACUACAAAGGGUGCAACUUUAUUUAGCAGAGGAGGACCAUGGAAUGGCCAUGUUUUUAAUGGGGUUUCAUGGCUGAGGAUGCUUAAUCUUUUCAAAUAUUCUUUAGAAUAUACCGACAAGGAAAUCUCUUAUCAAUAUGAAACCUUGAAUAGUGACACUGUUACUAGAUUAGUGCUCAAUCCAUUAGGCUUAACACAACGUUUCUUAUGGUCAGAUAGGAAAAAAGGUUGGGAGAUUAUAUCAACUCGUCCAAUGGAUCAGUGUGGAUAUUACUCUUUUUGUGAUGUUAAUUCUAUCUGCAAUAUUGCCAACUCUCCAAAAAUAUGUCAAUGCAUGGAAGGUUUCGUACCAAAAUUCCAAGAAAAAUGGGAUUCAUUAGAUUGGCUUGGUGGGUGUGUUAGAAGAAUGAACUUGAGUUGUCAUAUUGGAGAUGGGUUUCUGAAGUAUGAAGGAAUGAAGUUGCCAGACACAUCUUCUUCCUUGUUUAACAAGAGCUUGAGCCUUGAGAAAUGUGAGACAUUAUGUUUGAAAAACUGCUCUUGCACAGCAUACGCAAAUUUAGAUGUCAGACAAGGUGAGAGUGGUUGCUUGCUUUGGUUUGAUAACAUUCUGGACUUGACAAAGCACACAGACCAAGGACAAGAUAUUUACAUACGACUUGCAGCUUCAGAGUUUGAUCAAAGAGGGAGUAACUUUAAUAACAAGAAGCUUGCAGGGACAAUAGUAGGACUUGUUAUAUUCAUCAUUUUACUUGGACUGGCCACAUUCACAUGUAAGAGGAAGAGGCUCCCAAAGAGAGGGAUGCUAAAAAUAUUUCACUGGAAGUACAAGAGGGAUAAGGAAGACGUGGAGUUAUCAACUAUAUUUGAUUUUUCAGUCAUCUCUAAUGCCACAAAUAACUUUUCAAACAGUAACAAGUUAGGACAAGGUGGCUUUGGACCAGUAUACAAGGGGAUAUUGGCAGAUGGGCAAGAGAUUGCAGUCAAGAGGCUUUCAAAAACUUCUGAUCAAGGAGCAGAGCAGUUCAAAAAUGAGGUCAUGUUGAUGACAAAACUUCAGCACCGCAAUCUUGCAAAACUUCUUGGUUGUUCUAUUCAUCAAGAUGAAAAGCUUUUGAUCUAUGAAUUCAUGCCCAACAGAAGCUUGGAUUUCUUUAUAUUUGAUUCAACUCGAAGUAAACUCCUAAAUUUUACAAAGCGUCUCCAAAUUAUUGAUGGGAUCGCAAGAGGGCUACUCUAUCUUCAUCAAGACUCCAGAUUAAGAAUCAUCCACAGAGACCUCAAAACAAGUAAUAUUCUUCUUGAUAACAAUAUGAACCCAAAGAUAUCAGAUUUUGGUCUGGCUAGAAUAUUUAGAGGAGAUCAAGCUCAGGCCAAUACAAAUAGAGUGAUGGGAACAUAUGGUUAUAUGCCUCCUGAAUAUGCAGUGCAUGGAUCUUUUUCAUUCAAAUCUGAUGUAUUUAGCUUUGGAGUAAUUUUACUAGAGAUAAUUAGUGGGAGAAAGAAUCGGAAUUUUUAUGACUCUCAGCAUCAUCUUAAUCUUCUUGGUCAUGCAUGGAGAUUAUGGAUUGAAGAAAAGCCACUGGAGCUAAUGGAUAACACAUUGGAUGAUUCAGCCACUCCACCUGAAAUAAUGCGAUGUAUUCAUGUGGGUCUACUUUGUGUACAACAAAUACCAGAAAAUAGACCCAACAUGUCAUCUGUGGUUUUAAUGUUGAAUGGUGAAAAGUUGUUGCCUGAGCCAAGCCAACCUGGUUUCUACACAGGAACAGGUCAUCAACCAAUUCAGGUAGAAUCUUCUUCAAGAAGUUGUGGAAAUUGUUCACAAAAUGAAGUUUCUAUAUCCUUGUUGGAGGCCAGAUAGAAUACUAUUUGUGUUAAAGGUGCUACGGGGAUUGAAUACAGCUUAAAAAUUGAUUUUUGGCCAAACGAAAAACAUGUUUGGUGAGUAUCGGUUUCUCUGAUAUCUUUUUUCUUCUUGUAGAGCAGCCUCCUAAAACUCUUUUUUCUUCUGUCUUUGGUGAAGAACCUGUGCAGUGU